AUGCUCAAUCCGCUGAGUUUACUUCCCGAGCCGCGCGCUGGUGCCUCGAUGCGCGCGCUCACCUACGGCCUCCUGGCCGCCGCCGCCUGGCCGCCUGCUGCCUGGGCUGCCGACCAGGAGAAGACAGCCGCCGACUAUUUUGUACAUUCGCUUCCGGGCGCGCCUCCCGGCCCGCUGUUGAAGAUGCAUGCAGGACACGUCGAAGUGAACUCCGAGCACCACGGCAACUUGUUCUUCUGGCACUACCAAAACAGACACAUUGCGAACAGGCAGCGCACCGUCAUCUGGCUGAACGGUGGCCCGGGAUGUAGCUCCAUGGAUGGUGCCAUGAUGGAGAUCGGGCCUUACAGGGUCACACCGGACCAGAAAUUGGUAUACAACAACGGCUCAUGGGACGAGUUCGCAAACCUUUUGUUUGUCGACAACCCUGUCGGAACCGGCUUCAGCUACGUGGACACAGACAGUUACCUGCAUGAGCUGGACGAAAUGGCAGACCAGUUCGUCAUCUUUCUGGAGAAAUGGUUUGCAAUGUUUCCCCAGUUCAUGUACGACGAUAUCUACAUAGCUGGGGAGUCGUACGCUGGUCAGCACAUACCUUACAUCGCCAAAGCCAUGAUGGAACGCAACAAAGACGCCAAGGAGAAGUGGCAGCUUAAGGGCCUUCUCAUCGGCAACGGCUGGAUUUCUCCUGUGGAUCAGUAUCUUUCAUAUCUCCCUUACGCCUACAAGAACAACCUGUUACGAUCUGGCUCCGAUGCAGCCAAGAAAGUGGAGGCAGCCCAGUCAGUGUGCGUUAAAACGUUGGAUGCUGGCGGUGCAGGACACGUCGACGUUGGCGAUUGCGAAGAGAUCCUUUCGACACUUCUGAGCGUCACUCAGGAUCGGUCGAACGACAAGGAGCACCAAUGCCUUAACAUGUAUGACAUCCGCCUGAGAGACACCAACGAAGCGUGUGGCAUGAACUGGCCUCCGGACUUGGAGCAGCUCACCCCAUACCUUCGUCGCGAGGAUGUCAAGCAAGCGAUCCACAUCGACCCUGCCAAGCGCACCGGAUGGCAAGAGUGCUCGGGCUCCGUUUCGCUGAACUUCAAGGCUCGCAAUUCGAAGCCUUCGAUCGAGAUUCUUCCCGACCUCCUGAAGGAAUUGCCAAUCCUGCUCUUUUCCGGAGAUAGGGAUCUCAUCUGUAACCACUUGGGUACGGAGGAUCUCAUCAACAACAUGUUCUUCAACGGCGGAAAGGGCUUCGAGAUCAGUCCUGGCGAGAUUGCCCCCCGGCGCGACUGGACCUUCGAGGGUGAACCUGCCGGCGUCUACCAGGAAGCCCGCAACCUUACCUAUGUGAAGUUCUUCAACAGCAGCCACAUGGUGCCUUUUGAUUAUCCCCGUCGUACGCGCGACAUGCUGGACCGGUUUAUGAACGUCGAUCUCUCCAGCAUUGGGGGAAAGCCGGUGGAUUCCAAGAUCGACGGCGAGAAGGGGCCCCUCACGAGCGUUGGGAGCCACCCUAACUCGACUGCUGCUGAGGAAGAGCAGGAACAGGCCUUGGAGGAUGCGACCUGGAAGGCAUACUACAAGUCUGGCGAGGUCGCCCUCGUGGUUGUCGCCAGCUUAGCAUGCGUUGGUGGCUACCUUGUCUGGCGCGACCGUCGGCGCAAGGCUGGAUACCAGAGCAUUUUCCCUUGGGCAAAAGAUAAUGGUAGCUCCAUCAUGAGUAGAGGCAUGGGUCUUGAGGGCUUCAGGAGCAGGAGCAACACCGACAGGGAUAUGGAAGCAGCGUACGAGGAACAUGAGCUUGUUGGCUCUGUAAGCUCUGAGGGAAGCGAGUCGGGCAGAGGCAAGCGCGGCCACGGCAACAGCAACGCUGAAAACGAAGCCUUUGGGUUAGUGGACAGCGACGAGGAGAGUGACACGGAGAAACCGCGGAGACCGGGCGACCAGUAUCGCGGCAUCACGAACCCGUUCGACGAAGAGAAACCACGCAUUUCUGAAUGGACAGCGCAGGAGAUCGCCACACUGCAGAGCCGACUCGACAAACAGCUUGGACCCGAAUUCGUCGCCUCGCGCAAGGGGCCUAAUGGCCGCACCCUCCAUUAUCUCCCCGCGGAGAAGGCCAUUAAUUUGGCCAACGAGGUAUUCGGAUUCAAUGGCUGGAGCAGCUCUAUCAGAGACACAACAAUCGAUUUUGUUGACCAGAGUCAGAGCUCCGGCAAAGUGAGCUUGGGUCUGAGCGUCAUAAUCCGGGUUACCUUGAAGGAUGGCACGUAUCAUGAGGAUAUCGGCUACGGUCAUAUCGAAAACUGCACAGGUAAAGCGGCCGCUUUCGAAAAAGCAAAGAAAGAAGCCGCCACCGAUGCGCUGAAGCGCGCGUUGCGGACUUUUGGCAAUGUUCUCGGAAAUUGCCUCUAUGACAAGAAUUACGAGAGUAGGAUUUCGAAGAUGAAAGUAGCCCCGACAAAGUGGAACCCAGACAACCUACACCGUCACGUCGACUAUGCGCCGACCACCAAGACAGAAAUGUUGCCGCUUGGGGAUAUGGACAAGAAGCCAGCAGCAGAUCAAAAGCUACAAAGACAGCCUAGCAUGCAGAAGACUAUGUCGAAUGGUGGUGAGCUUGAAGAUGAGUUUGGUGGUAACUUGUUUGAAGGCGUAGAUUUUGACCGGGAGGAUGGCAACGACGACUCGGCGUAUGACACAUCAACCUCUUUCCCGCACGCAGUCUGUGCCCUCAUUACGACCCGCGAAUGGCGUACCAUCUGGACCACAGCAGAGGUCUUCCGUUGCCGGGAGGACCAUGAACCCAACGAACACGAAUGCGGCUUCUCGCGCAGAAAGCAUGCCACAGCGUGUUCAAACACCUAG